AAGCUGCACCGAGAGCAGCGGCGGAGUGAGAGCGGAAUCCCCGUGCACUGCCCCACACACAUCUGUCUGUCACCAUCCCUCCUUCCCUCCCUCCUCCCCCUUGCUUCAUCCAUCCCCUCUUUACAGACAUCACCGACACAUUGCAGUUUUCAUUCACCCCCCCCUCCUCCUCCUCCCCCCCCCUACCCCCACUUGGCCCUAUCAGCGCAUCUCUCUCUCUCUCUCUCUUUCUCUCUCUCUAUCUGAGAGCCCGCAAAACAUCAACAAUAACACCCUCAUUCUCCUCAUCUUCAUCCUCAUCAUGAUGGCGGCAGCUCCCAUCCAGCAGAACGGGACCCACACCGGGCUUCCCAUAGACCUGGAUCCCCCCGACUCCAGAAAGCGGCCGCUCGAAGCUCCUCCUGAGGCGGGCAACACCAAGAGAACCAACACUGGCGAAGACGGCCAAUAUUUUUUAAAAGUCCUUAUACCUAGCUAUGCUGCCGGAUCUAUUAUUGGAAAGGGAGGACAAACCAUUGUCCAACUGCAGAAAGAGACUGGUGCCACGAUCAAACUGUCCAAAUCCAAAGAUUUCUACCCAGGAACAACAGAGCGUGUCUGCCUGAUCCAGGGAACAGUUGAAGCUCUGAAUGCUGUUCACAGCUUCAUUGCAGAGAAGAUACGAGAAAUGCCUCAGAAUGUGGCAAAGACAGAGCCAGUUAGCAUCCUGCAGCCUCAGACCACCGUGAACCCGGAUCGCAUCAAACAAACAUUGCCAUCUUCCCCAACUACCACCAAGUCCACUCCAUCUGACCCCAUGACCACCACCAGAGCCAAUCAGAUCAUUGGAUGUAUUGGAGCACAAGAAAUGGAAAUUCACCGAUGUGCAGGAGGGGGAUGUCUUGUUGAGGUGAAAAUAAUUGUUCCUAACAGCACUGCAGGUCUGAUCAUUGGGAAGGGUGGUGCCACAGUGAAAGCUGUCAUGGAGCAGUCAGGAGCUUGGGUACAACUCUCUCAAAAGCCAGACGGGAUAAAUUUGCAGGAGAGAGUGGUGACGGUGAGUGGGGAGCCUGAACAAAACCGCAAAGCCGUCGAACUUAUCAUUCAGAAAAUCCAGGAGGACCCACAGAGUGGCAGCUGUCUUAAUAUCAGCUAUGCCAAUGUCACUGGUCCGGUGGCUAACUCCAACCCAACGGGAUCCCCUUAUGCCAACACUGCUGAGGUGUUACCAACUGCUGCGGCUGCUGCGGGGCUGUUAGGACACGCUAACCUCGCUGGAGUCGCUGCCUUCCCAGCGGUUUUAUCCGGCUUCACAGGAAAUGACCUGGUAGCCAUCACCUCUGCACUCAACACUUUAGCCAGCUAUGGAUAUAACCUUAACACACUGGGUUUGGGCUUGAGUCAAGCUGCAGCCACGGGUGCAUUGGCUGCAGCUGCAGCCAGUGCAAAUCCCGCCGCAGCAGCCGCAGCAAACCUACUGGCUACAUAUGCGAAUGAAGCCUCGGGCGGUGGCAGCCCGGUUAGUGGAACAGCGGGGACUUUUGCCCUGGGUAGCCUUGCUGCUGCUACUGCUGCCACAAAUGGCUACUUCGGCGCUGCCUCUCCGCUGGCUGCCAGUGCCAUCCUUGGCUCAGAAAAAUCGACAGAUGGAUCAAAGGACGUGGUCGAAAUAGCGGUCCCAGAAAACCUAGUUGGUGCAAUAUUGGGGAAAGGCGGGAAAACAUUAGUGGAAUAUCAGGAGUUGACUGGUGCAAGGAUACAGAUCUCCAAAAAGGGGGAGUUUGUGCCUGGCACAAGGAAUCGCAAGGUGACCAUUACAGGAACGCCAGCUGCUACCCAGGCUGCUCAGUAUUUAAUCACACAGCGGAUCACUUAUGAGCAAGGCGUUCGGGCAGCCAACCCACAGAAAGUCGGGUGAUUUCCAGGCCCAUACAAGAAUCUCUUUAACCCCCCUUCCUCUACCCCCUUUUCAACAAGAAAGUAUGUACUGUACUUUGCAGACGUGAAGUUUUUUUCUGUAUUAAUAUAUUAUAUGCAAAAGAAUGCGACUAUGUUGAAGAUGUGUAUAUGUAAAUAGUAUAUGUUUUACCAGAUGUUUCAUAGAAAGUAAUUUUUCUCAAUCUGUUUUAGUUCUCUAUACUUUGCUUGUGUAUAUUUGUCAAAAGUGUUUCUAGUGUCAGGAGAUCUUAGCCUGCCAUUGUACCAGCAUUACUGUAGUUAAUGACUGAAUGUAGAUAGCGAUACAUGUGUAGUUUUCAGUAUUAGUUCAAACAAAAAACAGAUAAUGCCAGAUGUACUACUGUUAAGUUAGGGUAUGGUGGGGUCAGUGACCUAAAAUGGAGUGAGGCCAAAGCACUGUCCAGGUCGUCUUACUUCCUGCUUAGGGUAUAUUGAAGUAGGAAAUAAAAUAUUUUGGAAAUAAUUUUUAAAAUACAAAAAAAAAUCAAAAAGCAAUAUAGUUGCAAAGCACUGUAUAAAAUAUAAAAAGGUUAAAACUGUGGAAGAUUAUAUUGGUAAGUUUACAAAAUUGCACCUGUUCUCCAUCUGAACUAGGAUAUGGAAAUAAUGCCGAAAGUUGGCCAUGGCCUAUUCUUUACCAUUUGUCUGACAGAUGUUCAACAGAAGUACACAGCCCCAAUU